AAAGCUGAUUGACCCAGGAAGGAAUCUACAUCUGUUGCUCUAAGUCUUCACAGCGGAGAGCAAAUUUUCAACUUCACUUGUUUCUUCGAUCUGUCUCUCUACCGCCCUGUCCUUGGAUUUCUGGAAAGAAUCAAACAGCAAUGGAGGUCGUUGGAGAAUCUGUUCUUGCUGCUGCCGUUCAAGUUCUGUUCGGUAAGCUGGCUUCUCCUGACUUGCUCAAGUUUGCACGCCAGGAGGAGGUCAUUGCUGAACUGGAAGGGUGGAAGACGGAACUGCUGAUGAUUAAUGAAGUCCUGGACGAAGCCGAGGAGGAGCAGAUAACAAAGCCGCCCGUGAAAAAGUGGGUAGAUGAUCUCCGAGACUUGGCCUACGACAUGGAGGAUGUGCUGGAUGAGUUCGCCACCGAGGAGUUGCGACGCAGGUUGAUGGCAGAUCGUCCUCAUCAGGUGGCCACCACAAGUAAGGUAAGGAGCCUCAUCCCGACUUGCUUUGCUGGUUUCAAUCCUGUUAGUGAAGUAAAGUUUAAUAUGGAGAUGGGCUCCAAGAUCAAGGAAAUCACUGGGCGGUUAGGCGAUAUUUCAAGGCGGAAGGCUGAGCUGGGUUUGAAAGGUUUGGGAAAGUUCGCAUCUGGAGCAGCGGCUUCUACUUGGAAACGACGGACCAGUACGUCCUUGAUUAAUGAACCUGUUCACGGCAGGGAUGAAGAUAAAAAGGUUAUUAUUGAGAUGCUGUUGAAGGAUGAAGCAGGUGAAAGCAACUUUGGGGUCAUUCCCAUUGUUGGCUUAGGUGGGAUGGGGAAAACUACACUCGCCCAGUUCAUAUACAAGGAUGAUGAGAUAGUGGAGCAUUUUGAGCCAAGGGCGUGGGUGUGUGUAUCGGAUGAGAGCGAUGUUGAGAAUUUAACAAAGAAGAUUCUCAAUGCCGUCUCUCCGGCUGAAAUUCGUGAUGGGGAUGACUUUAAUCAAGUGCAACUCAAGCUAAGCAAGAGUCUGGCGGCUGGAAAAAGGUUUUUGCUAGUUUUAGACGAUGUGUGGAACAUUAAAAGCUACGAGCAAUGGAAUCAGCUGCGUGCCCCAUUCAAGUCUGGGAAAGGAGGAAGUAAAAUCGUUGUAACAACACGAGAUACAAAUGUUGCAUCACUGAUGAGAGCAGACAAUUAUCACCAUUUUCUCAGGCCUUUAUCUCAUGAUGAUUGUUGGUCGGUGUUUGUGGAGCAUGCCUUUGAAAGUAAAAAUGUUGAUGAACAUCCGAAUCUGAAAUCCAUUGGUGAAAAGAUAGUACAAAAAUGCAGUGGCUUACCCUUAGCAGCAAAGAUGGUCGGUGGACUUUUACGCUCCAAAUUACAAGUUGAAGCAUGGAAACGUGUAUUGGAUAGCAACAUUUGGAAUACCAGUGAAUGCGGUAUUGUCCCCAUAUUAAGAUUAAGCUAUCAACAUCUGUCUCCACAUUUAAAGAGAUGUUUUGCUUAUUGUGCAUUGUUUCCUAAGGAUUAUGAAUUUGAGGAGAAGCAGUUAAUUUUACUAUGGAUGGCCGAAGGUUUAAUUCAUCAAGCAAAAGGAGAUAAUCGGCAAAUAGAAGAUUCAGGUACUGAUUAUUUUAAUGAAUUGUUAUCCAGAUGUUUCUUCCAACCAUCAAAUAAUCGUCAAUUACGAUUUGUGAUGCAUGACUUGAUCAAUGAUCUAGCUCAAGAUGUUGCCGCAGAAAUAUGCUUCACUUUAGAGAAUGUAGAUAAAAUUUCUAAAAGCACUCGUCAUUUGUCGUUCAUGUGUAGCGAGUACGAUGUGUUUAAAAAAUUUGAAGUUUGUGAGCAAAUGGAGCAAUUACGAACAUUUUUUGCUCUACCAAUCAACAUAGAUAAUGAGAAGCAAUGCUACUUGAGUGCUAAGGUGUUUCAUUACUUGUUGCCAAAGUUGAGACACUUAAGGGUGCUCUCUUUGAGUUGUUAUGAGAUCAAUGAGUUACCGGAUUCAAUUGGUGAUUUAAAACAUUUACGAUACCUUAAUUUAUCUCACACUGCACUCAAAAGGUUGCCUGAAACAAUAAGUAGUCUUUACAAUUUACAAUCAUUGAUAUUAUGCGAUUGUAGAAAACUCGUGAAGUUACCUACUGACAUUGUGAAUUUAAUCAAUCUUCGACACCUUGAUAUUAGUGGUUCAACUUUGUUGAAAGAGAUGCCUCCACAAAUUAGCAAGUUGAUAAAUUUGCAAACGUUGACUAAGUUUAUUCUGAGCGAAGGUAGUGGGUCACAAAUAAUAGAAUUGAAGAAUUUAUUGAAUCUUCGAGGGGAGCUUGCCAUUGUAACAUAAAGGAGAGACCCAGUAUUGUUGAUACAAGAGAUGUGAGACAUGUUAAUUUAAAGGAGAGACCCAGUAUUGAAGAGAUAAUAAUGGUGUGGAGCAAGGAUUUUGGUAAUUCAAGGAAUGAAAGUGAUGAAAAAGAGGUUCUUAAGUUGUUGGAACCUCAUGAAAGUUUGAAAAAACUCGCUAUUGCAUUUUAUGGCGGAACAAUAUUCCCACGGUGGAUAGGAGAUUCGUCAUUCUCAAAAAUGGUGAUUUUGAGACUUACAGGUUGUAAAAAAUGCACAUCGUUGCCAGCACUUGGAAGACUGUCUUCCCUCAAAAGCUUGGAGAUUAAAGGCAUGAAUGAAAUUAGAAGCAUUGGUAAUGAGUUUUAUGGGGAGAUUGUGAAUCCUUUUCGGUGUUUGGAGUACCUGGCAUUUGAGGAUAUGCCAGAGUGGACAGAUUGGUUAAUUCCCAAAUUGGGUGGGGAAACUAAAGCAUUGUUUCCUUGCCUCCGUCUGCUUCUAAUAAAUAAAUGUCCAAAACUCAGCAACUUGCCUGAUUGCUUAGCUUGCCUUGUGGAACUUAGGGUCAUAGAAUGCCAAGAAUUGACAAUUUCAAUUCCACGAUUUCCAUUUCUUACUCACUUGAUAGUAAAUAGAUGUAACGAGGGAAUGUUAAAAAGUAGGGUUGUUGAUGUGCCCUCACUCACCAAAUUAUACAUUGAGGAAAUUUCAAAGCCGAGUUGUUUAUGGGAAGGGCUUGUACAACCCUUAACAACCCUUCAAGAUCAGGGAAUAAUUCAAUGUGAUGAGUUGGCAUGUUUGAGGGAUUGGAAAGCCUUAGCAGUUUGCAACAAUUAUGGAUCAUUAGUUGUGAUGGGGUAGUGUCCUUGGAAGAGCAGGGACUGCCUUGUAAUCUUCAAUACUUAGAAGUGGAAGGAUGUUCCAACUUAGAGAAGCUGCCAAAUGCAUUGCACACCCUCACAUCUCUUACAGAUUUGCAAAUUGGGAAUUGCCCUAAACUGGUGUCAUUCCCAGAGACAGGUUUGCCGCCCAUGCUAAGAAAUCUUUGGGUGGAAAAUUGUGAGGGUCUGGAGACACUACCAGAUGGAAUGAUGAUCAAUAGUCGUGCCCUUGACUACUUUCAAAUCGCAUAUUGCUCAUCUCUUAUUGGCUUCCCAAGAGGUGAGCUGCCCACCACCCUGAAGACGUUGAUAAUUCAAGAUUGUGAGAAACUAGAGUCUCUACCUGAUGGAAUUAUGCACCACACUUGUUGCCUUGAAUGCCUGAACGUAUGGGGAUGUUCCUCUCUCAAGUUCAUUCCAAGGGGCGACUUUCCCUCCACGCUCGAGACACUUUCCAUUUGGGAUUGCAAUCAACUAGAGUCAAUUCCAGGGAAGAUGUUGCAAAAUCUCACCUCUCUUCGGAACCUGACUCUAUGUAACUGUCCAGACGUGAUGUCCUCCUCUUUGGAAGUGUUUUCUACCCCGAACCUCAAAAUAUUGCGCAUUGCAAAUGGCAAAAACAAUGUGAGGAGGCCUCUAUUUGCCCGGAGCCUCCACACACUCACGUCUCUUGAAAUUAUCGGUAUCAAGGGCCCAUUUCCAGAUGUGAUUUCUUUUACGGAUGAUUGGUCUCAGCUUCUUCCCGUAUCUCUCAACAAACUUUACAUACGUGAUUUCAACAACUUGAAGUCCAUAGCCUCCAUUGGUCUCCAAACCCUCGUUUCUCUUAAAGUCCUUCAAUUCACAAACUGCCCUAAGCUCCGGUCCUUCGUGCCAAAGAAAGGGCUGCCGUCAACACUUGAAAGACUGGUAAUCCGAGGAUGUCCUAUUCUGAAACAGAGGUGCCUCAAGGACAAGGGAAAAGAUUGGCCUAAGAUUGCCCACAUCCCUUACGUGGAAAUAGAUGACAUUGUACAACAAUAAAAACUUCAAUCAGGGGUUGCUCUCCUCAACAAUAAGCUAUGAAGUUGUAGAACUAACCCACAACUUCCACAUAGAGAUAGAUGUCUGAUACACCUAUUAAAGUAUGCAUCCUUUCUAUAAUGCAAGAGGCCUUAUAUCUGAUGCGUCAUUUUGCUUAAAGCCAGUAUACUUUUUCAAUCAACAUUGAUUAAUAGAAGGAAUGCUCCCUUGUUUAAUACCAAGUUUUCUUGGGAUUCUGCCAUCUGCUUGGAAAUAUGUAUUG